AUAAUUAAAACGGCUUUUGUAUUGUUUUUAUUGGUACUCUCAGUUGUUGGAGUGCAAAUGUCUGCUGGUCCUGAAGCAAAAGUCUAUAAUUGUGCCAAUAUUGAGUUGAUAGAAUUGAUUGGUGGCGAUCCAUUACCAAUAGAUACAAGCAAAGAAAGAUAUGUGAGUUUUCAAGGCGAUGUGCGAUUCUCUGUGAAAACUCACAAAUAAACAAUGGAUAGUUUAAAGGAGGGGAAGGAUUAUUUUGGAACGAAUUCAAUUCACUAUAGUUCAAUUUAGAAUGGAAUUUAUAUAUUUGUUGUGGAGAAAUCAUAAGAAAAUAUAAUCCAAACAUAUAUCAAAACUAAUUUAAAGAGGUAAUACAAACAAGCUCAGAUACCUAAAGCCUUUUAUUUAAAAACAAUAAUCGAAGGAGAUCAAAAAUAUGCAAUUCAUUAAAUUGUAAUCAGUGAUAAACAAGAAAUGAAAAGAGAAUUAUUUAAAGAAGAAAAGGAAACCAUGCAAUCUGUAAUAUUUUAUAAAUAUAAGAGUUUACUGGUUUACAAUUCUCAAAGAAAAGUGUGAUUAUGGUAUUUGCAACAUUGGAGACCGGAACAAAUAGUGAUUUCACUGCAGACGAGUCAUUCCUAUAAGGAGUCCAGGCAAUAUUAGAAUCCAUUAAUUAAGGAAGUAAAUAAAUUGUCUUCAAUAAGAAAAGUGCGAUCAAUUCUUUUGUAAGCCACCAUCCAUUGCCAAUUUGGCUGAAGCCUUGUCUGAUCUCCCGGUACUUAAACUCACAUGCCAAAAGAAAAUGUGCUCAUAUACCUAAGGAGGAUAAACAAAAGUGCUUUUCACAAAAUGUAAUUUAAAAUUGUACACUUAAUUUAGAUCCCUUUUUAUAGACCGAUAAAAACUUUAGAUCACUUGAGAAGGCAAUAAAUGGUAUGUUGUUGACGACUUUAUCGCCUAUAAAUUAAAAGUUUGUAUCGAUUACUGCCUAAUUCGCUAUGAAAUGCAAUACAUAAGAUUUUGACUUCCAUUCUGGAGGAUACAGUGGAGCAUUUCAAGCAAUUAAACUUGGAGAUCAUAAGCUUUACAGUGCAUUAAUAAUAGAACCAGGGUACAAUGGAAUUAAAAGAAGGCUACAAACCUAAACACCUGAAUGUAAUACUCUCUUUGUAAUUACUAGUUUAUGAUUUAUUGGAAGGAAUUGAAUAGGUUAAGUCCAUUUAUUAUUUUAUGAUUAUUACAAGCAAAGGACCAGAGGAGUUAUUUAAUGAGAUUGUUUCAGUCAUUGAAAAAACUAAAAUGUCAGAUCAAAAGAAGUUUGAAUGCACACCAAUUCCAAAAGAAGAUGAUAUCUCAUUUAUCCAAUUGAAUUCCAAAGUUAAUAGUUAGAAACCAUAAAAUCGAAACGAGAAAUCUGAGGAAUAUGAAUACGUCUAUGAAUAUGCUUAUGAUGAUGAUGAACUUGGAGAGUAUGAAUAUGUCUACGAAUAUCAAUAUGAAGAAUUGCCAGAAGAAUUAAAUUAAUAAGAAUUCUAUGAAGAAGCCAAUGAUUUAUAAUCAGAUUCAAUUGAGUUUGAUUAAUCAACAGACGAUUCAGAUUCAGAAGAUAUAGAAAAUUAGAAUAUUCCACAAGCUGAUCUAUUAGAAGUUUAAUAGAAUGAAAUGUGCUUCUAUGCAUUUUCAGAAUGUGAUUUCUAGGGUGCUUCACUCAAAAUUUGUGGGCCUACUCCAAGUAUACCAAGAGAAUUAUAGAACUUUUUGAUAUAGUCUAUAAAAAUGCCUGAUUCGAUGCGAAUCACGUUGUAUACAAAUUAGCAAUAGAAAAUCACCAUUGAAGGAAAUCAAGAGUGCUUGUAGAGACCUUUUGAAAUUGAUUAGAUGAGGCCGUAAAGAUAAGUGUUGAGUCAUCAAUGAAAAUGCAAUAUUAG